CUUCCUGCACGCGCGGCUGCGCACGGCCACGCUGCGGCACGACGCGGAUGGCCAGGCCACCCUGCUCAACCUGCUGCUGAGGAACUACCCGCACUACAGCCUCUAAGAGAAACUCGUCUCCAAAUCUGUGUUCCCUGAGCAGGCCAACAACAACGAGUGGGCUCGAUACCUCUACUACACAGGACGGAUCAAGGCCAUCCAGCUGGAGUACUCGGAGGCUCGGCGGACGAUGACCAACGCCCUGCGCAAGGCCCCGCAGCACACGGCCGUGGGCUUCAAGCAGACUGUGCACAAACUGCUGAUCGUGGUGGAGCUGCUGCUGGGGGAGAUCCCGGACAGGCUGCAGUUCCGACAACCCUCGCUCAAGCGCUCACUCAUGCCCUACUUCCUGCUCACCCAGGCUGUCAGGACAGGGAACCUGGCCAAGUUCAACCAAGUCCUUGACCAGUUUGGGGACAAGUUCCAGGCAGAUGGCACUUACACCCUGAUCAUUCGGCUGAGGCACAACGUCAUCAAGACAGGUGUCCGAAUGAUCAGCCUCUCCUACUCCCGCAUCUCCCUGGCUGACAUUGCCCAGAAGCUGCAGCUGGACAGCCCUGAGGAUGCAGAGUUCAUUGUUGCCAAGGCCAUCCGUGACGGUGUGAUCGAGGCCAGCAUCAACCACGAGAAGGGCUAUGUGCAGUCCAAGGAGAUGAUUGACAUCUACUCCACGCGGGAGCCCCAGUUGGCUUUCCACCAGCGCAUCUCCUUCUGCCUGGACAUCCACAACAUGUCUGUCAAGGCCAUGAGGUUCCCACCCAAAUCCUACAACAAGGACUUGGAGUCUGCAGAGGAGCGCAGGGAGCGUGAGCAGCAGGACCUGGAGUUUGCCAAGGAGAUGGCAGAGGACGAUGAUGAUGGUUUCCCAUGACCCAGGGCUUGCCUGUGCUUUUGUAUUUGCCCCUGGGGCAGAUAGUGGCUUGGCAGGGUCCCCCCCAGCCCCCCUUUUAUAAACCCCUGCAUGUCUGUACUGUGGGAGGGCACACGGGGGGUUCCCCUGCAGCCCCCGACCCUGCA